GUCUGCCAUUUCAAUAAAAAAAACCGGAGUAGCCUAGCCUAGCCUAGCGAAGCGGCGGAGAAAUCUGGGUUGGAAAUAUAAAUUUAACAGGAAUUUGGCAAAGAAUUGGCAACUGUUGGAUCACUGUGGUUGUAGGCCAGUUCCGGGUUUUUGCACAUUUGAAAAAAAAUAACAUAGGUUAUCAGAAUGUCACGAAUAUUAAGAGUAGUAUUGCAUUCUCGACCUGGGAAAAAUGGGGAACCGAUUCCAGAGAACUUCCGUGUCGAGGAAGGUACACUACAAACUGAUCUAAAACCGGGCGAAGUCCUCGUGCGGACUUUGUAUCUCUCUGUCGACCCCUACAUGCGGUGCCGUAUGAACGAUGACACGGGAACAGACUAUAUGUCGCCCUGGGCGCUGUCGGAAUGCGUGGACGGCGGCGGCGUGGGUGUGGUCGAAUCCAGUUGCCAUGACGCCUUCUCGGAGGGGGACACGGCGACGUCAUUCUCCUGGCGUUGGCAGACUCACGACGUGGUGGAGGGCGGCCGGCUGCAGAAGCUGGACCCUGAGCUGGUGAAUGGUCGCCUUUCCUACUUCCUGGGAGCUGUGGGCAUGCCGGGUCUCACCGCCUUAUUAGGGGUGAGGGAAAAAGGUCACGUGAAAGCUGGGGCCAAUCAGACGAUGGUGGUCAGUGGAGCAGCAGGGGCUUGUGGGUCGCUGGCUGGACAGAUUGGCCGGCUGGACGGCUGCACCAGGGUGGUGGGGAUCUGCGGGUCGGAGAGGAAGUGCCAGGUCCUGGUGUCGGAGCUGGGCUUCACCUCGGCCGUCAACUACCGCCACGGGGACGUCUCCGCCGCGCUGAGGGAGAGCUGCCCCAACGGCGUGGACGUCUACUUCGACAACGUGGGGGGUCCCGUCAGCGACGCGGUCAUCGCACAGAUGAACAAAGAUGGCCAUGUGAUCCUCUGUGGACAGAUUUCCCAGUACAAUAAGGACGUGCCCUAUCCACCGCCCCUCAAGAAAGAGACGCAAGAAGCCCUGCUCCGCAAUAAUAUCACCAGGGAAAGGUUUAUGGUGCUGAACUACAUGGAGAAGCAUGAGGCCGGGCUUCUGCAGCUGAGCCAGUGGGUGAAAGCAGGACAGCUCAAAGUGUUGGAGACCAUCACGAACGGAAUAGAGAACAUGGGAGUGGCAUUUUGCUCCAUGAUGACGGGGGGUAAUGUUGGGAAACAGAUUGUGAAGAUUUCGGACUGAACUGACGCCCUGUCCCUGUACCUGCAAUCUCCAACAGCGAGUGCCAACUAUAUCAGGGGUGCACAACCCCGGUCCAGGAGGGCUGGUCUGGGUGCUGGUUUUUGUUCCGACCAGUUACCUUCGUUUUAGUUUUCUGACAACUCUAUAAACUACGUUAAUUCACUCCUGCACUUGAGCACAGUAAACUCUUUAGGAUACACUUGCAGUCUGCAGCUGUAAGUUGUAAGCUGGUGCAAAUGUCAGGUCAAGAUAUCAUUUAGCUGACUAAAUAAUUAAGAGCAGAAGUUGCCACAAAAUCCUGAAGCGGAUCGGCCCACCAUUGUGCAACCCCAGACUAGAUACUAGAUGAGCCACUUUGCCUGACACAUCCCCAUUUACUAAUUUCACAACUGUAAUAAGGAAGUUUCUUUUCUCAGAUGCUACAUGCUACUCCAGUACUGACUCUUUAUUCAACUAAUUUAAUGUUACUCUUUAUUCAGGAAGAUGAUAAUCCUGUUUUGUUUGUGAUAAUGAACUAAAUCAAGGUGCAGUAUUUGUUUUAAACUCAGUGUCCGAAAUUAGGCGCGGGGGGAAAAAUGACAAGUAAAUUGUCAAUUUAAAAAAAGAUUUAAUUCACAGCACUAUAAAUCCCACAUUUAUAAACAA